AUGGGAACAAACAGCGAGGAGCAUGGAGGAUCUGGGAUAAUUUAUCAUGAAAUGAUAGAAGAUGAAGCCAAGGACAUUCAGAAUGUUCCUGUAGGACCUAUACACAAAUUAAUAGCUGAGAAUACCAAGUCAAACAGUAUGGUUAUUAAGAAACCACAUAUGGUGAUUCCUCCUCAUAUCAUAGCAGAAGCCAUAUCAACUAUCCGUGAUAUUGACAUUAGAUGGUCAGGUCCAAUAACACAGAAAGAAAUGGAAUAUGUUGAACAGUACGUCUUGGCAAAGUACCCUGAAUAUGCUGGUCUAAUUGAAGGGGAAGGGAAUGGUAUAGACUUGUCUAGCUUUAUUAUCAAUGAGGAGCCUUCAGAACCCAUGUCAGAUGAUAGGAAAAAGUCGCCAAGAGGGACCUUUCGAGAACCUUUGUUUGGUAGUAAUCUCCCUGAAAUGGAUAGGACCCAGUUGGUGCCAUCAAGACUGCUGGAUAUUCUCACCAAAAAAUCCUCCUUUCCCGGAAGUUUCAUCUCAAUCCCAGAAAUCCAAGCUCAAAACAAGGUUUUGAAGCUUUGUGGGUUGCCUGAUGAUGAGUACCUGGUUCUCUUCACUCCAAGUUACAAGGAUGCAAUGAUGUUGGUUGGGGAGAGCUACCCUUUUGUUAAGGGAAACUACUACAUGACAAUUCUUGGGGAAGAGGAAGACUAUAUCAGGGAAUUUGCUUCUUUUAAGGAGUCAAAGGUGAUUCCGGCUCCCAAGACUUGGCUUGAUUUGAGGAUAAGAGGGUCUCAGCUAAGCCAAAAUUUUAGGAGGAAGUGUAAGGUUAGCCUGAAAGGCUUAUUUGCAUAUGAAGCAGAUGUGAAUGGGACAAACCACUGGGUCUCAGAGGCUCAUAGGAACUACUGGCAUGUUCUGCUUGAUGCCUCUGCAUUGGUGCUGGGAAAGGACAGGCUUUAUCUUGGCCUUCACAGGCCUGACUUCUUAAUCUGUUGCCUUGAUAACACUCAUUCCAAUCCUUCAAGAAUCACAUGUCUCUUAGUGAGAAAGAAAUCUUUUGACACCUUCACUGCUUCUUCUCUGGCCAAUUGA